CUCAGAACUGCAGUUACACACUACACAGCCCCAAUGGGACAAUAGAGAGUCCUGGGUACCCUUACGGUUAUCCUAACUAUGCUAACUGCACGUGGGUGAUUGUGGGAGCGGAGCAUAACCGGAUACAACUGGUGUUUCAAGGCUUCGCCCUGGAGGAGGACUUUGACAUUUUGUCUGUAUAUGAUGGGCCACCCAGCCCUGGAAACCUGCGGACAAGGUUAACUGGGUUCCAGCUGCCUUCACCCAUAGUGAGUACAGGCUCCAGGCUCACCUUGUGGCUGCUGUCGGACUACGCAGUCAGCGGGCAGGGAUUUAAAGCCGUCUACGAAGCCUUGCCCAGUUACACUUGUGGUAAUCCUGGACAGCUACUAAAUGGCCACCAGCAGGGCUCCAGUUUUAAUAUCGGGGAUAAAAUCCGCUACAGCUGCAGUCCUGGCUACAUGUUAGAGGGUCACACCACCCUGUCCUGCCUUGCCACUUCAACUGGUACUGCAGCCUGGGAUUUUCCACUUCCUUACUGCAGAGCGGAUGAUGGAUGUGGAGGGACACUGCGAGGCCAGAGUGGGUUGAUCACCACCCCCAAUUACCCAGCUGAGUACAACAAUAAUGCUGACUGCACCUGGACUGUGCUGGCAGAGCCAGGAGACACCAUUGCCCUGGUUUUCUCUGACUUUCAGCUGGAGGACGACUAUGACCUGCUGGAGGUCAGCGGCACUGACGGAUCCUCACAGUGGUUUACUGGGCCCAACCUCCCCUCCCCUAUCAUUAGCAGCAAGAACUGGCUUCGGCUUCACUUUACAUCUGACGGCAACAACAGGUUAAGAGGUUUCAGCGCCCAGUACCAAGUGAAGAAAAUGACUGAACUCAAAUCUCGAGGUGUGAAGAUGCUGCCGAGCAAAGACAACCACCAUAAGCUAUCAGUGUUGUCUCAGAUGGGUGUAGCACAGGGACACAACAUGUGUCCAGAUCCUGGGAUUCCAGAUCGAGGAAAAAGAAAAGGCUCAGAUUUCAGGCGAGGAGCGACUGUGCAUUUCUCCUGUGACGAGGGCUAUGAACUGCAGGGUUCAAAGAGCAUCACUUGCCUCAGAGUGACAGACAGCUAUGUAGGCUGGAGUGAUGACCGGCCUAUCUGCAGAGCACCUAUGUGUGGAGGUCAAUUAAAAGGACCGAGUGGUGUCAUCACAUCUCCUAACUACCCUGUUCAGUACGACAACAAUGCCAACUGCACCUGGGUCAUCACAGCAACGGAGACAUCAAAGGUAAUCAAGCUGACAUUUGAGGAUUUUGACCUGGAGCGGGGCUACGACACCCUGACGGUGGGAGACGGCGAGCUCGUGGGGGACCAGAAGACCAUCUUUCACGUCCUAUCAGGUACCACCACUCCGGACCUUGUGGUUAGCACCAGUCACCAGAUGUGGCUCAAUUUCAAAACAGACGACACCAGUGGCUCCCUCGGCUUUAAAGUGUCCUAUGAAGAAAUUGACCAAGGCAGUUGUGGAGAUCCAGGGAUCCCAGCCUACGGAAAACGAGAAGGGACGAGCUUUCGUCAUGGAGACAGGCUGUACUUUGAGUGUCUGCCUGCCUUUGAGCUGGUGGGAAAAAAGAACAUCACCUGUCAGAAAAACAACCAGUGGUCGGCGAAGAAACCCAGCUGUGUUUUUUCCUGCUUCUUCAACUUUACCACUCCAUCUGGGGUCCUGCUAUCUCCCAACUACCCUCAGGAGUAUGGGAACAACAUGCACUGCGUGUGGCUCAUCAUCACCAACCCUGAGAGCAGAAUCAAUCUGGCCUUCAACGACCUCAGCAUGGAAAAACAGUUUGACUUCCUCUCCAUCAAGGAUGGGGGAAAGGCUGAAUCUCCAAUCCUGGGCACCUUCUCCGGUGAUGCCUUGCCUCCUCCCAUUACAACAAGUGGCCAUGUGGCUCGCCUGGAGUUCCUGACUGACCAUACAUACACAGAUCGAGGCUUUAACAUCACUUUUACUACCUUUCGCCACAAUGAAUGCCCUGAUCCAGGGGUGCCAGUCAAUGGGAAACGCUUUGGGGAGAGCCUUCAGCUGGGUAGCUCAAUCUCAUUUCUUUGUGAGGAGGGCUUCGUUAAGACCCACGGCUCUCAGACUAUAUCCUGCAUCCUCAAAGAUGGCAACGUUGUGUGGGACAAUGCUGUCCCUCGUUGUGAAGCCCCAUGCGGUGGGGAUCUGAAGGCUCCCAGUGGGAUCAUUCUCUCCCCCGGCUGGCCAGAACUAUACAAGGAGGCCCUUAACUGUGAAUGGAUCAUUGAGGCUCCUCCAGGCUACCCCAUCAAGAUCAUCUUCGACAAAUUUCGCACUGAGGUCAACUAUGACGUUCUGGAGGUGCGGGAUGGUCGAUUUCCCUCUUCACCUCUGAUCGGAAGUUACCAAGGAACCCAGGUUCCCCAGUUCCUCAUCAGCACCUCCAACUUUCUGUAUCUCCUCUUCACCACUGACAAGAGCCACUCUGACAUUGGCUUUCGUAUACGUUACGAAACUCUACAGCUACAGUCGGAUCACUGCGUGGAUCCUGGCAUACCUGUCAAUGGACAGCGGCACGGCAAUGACUUCUACGUGGGUGCUUUGGUGACAUUUAGCUGUGAUGCCGGGUACACACUGAGCGACGUGGAGCCUUUAGAGUGUGAACCCAAUUUUCAGUGGAGUCGCCCCCUGCCUAGCUGCGAUGCACUGUGCGGAGGUUAUAUCCAGGGUAACACGGGCACCAUCUUGUCUCCUGGCUUUCCUGACUUUUACCCACAUAACCUGAACUGCACGUGGAUCAUCGAGACCUCCCACGGCAAAGGUGUACAGUUCACCUUUCACACUUUCCACCUGGAGAGUCCUCAUGACCAUUUGCUGGUAACAGAGAACGGCAGCUUCUCUCAGCCCCUGUGGAGACUGACAGGCUCCACCUUGCCUCCACCUCUCAGUGCCGGCCUGUUUGGAAACUACACAGCUCAGAUCCGCUUCCUCUCUGACUUCUCGGUCUCAUACGAGGGAUUUAACAUUACUUUCUCAGAGUAUGAUUUGGAGCCAUGCGAGGAUCCGGGAAUCCCACCCUACAGCACCAGAAAAGGCCUUCAGUACGGAGUCGGCGAUGCCCUCAUCUUUUCUUGUUUCCCAGGUUACAGGCUCGAGGGUCCAGCCCGGGUGGUGUGUUUAGGGGGCAGGAGGCGAGUGUGGAGCUCCCCUCUGCCAAGGUGUGUUGCUGAAUGUGGCUCAUCCGUGACUGGCAUGCAAGGGGUGCUGCUCUCACCCAACUACCCCGGUUACUACAGCAACAACCACGAAUGCAUCUACUCUAUCCAGACACAGCCGGGCAAAGGCAUUCAGCUACGAGCACGGGACUUUAGGCUGGAGGAGGAUGACAUGCUCAAAGUCUUUGAUGGCAGCAGCAAUAUGGCUCGUCUCCUGGGGGUGUUUACAGGCAGCGAGCUGCUGGACACAACCUUGAACUCCACCUCCAGCACUAUGUGGUUGGAGUUCAUCAGCAAUGCAGAAAACACCAGCAAAGGCUUCGAGUUGCACUUCACCAGUUUUGAACUGGUUAAAUGUGAGGAUCCAGGUGUCCCCCAGUUUGGGUACAAGCGAGAAGAUAAGGGCCAUUUUGCAGGGAGCACAGUGUCAUACAGCUGUGACCCGGGAUACACCCUGAAAGGCACUGAGGUGCUCACCUGCCUGAGGGGGGAAAGGAGGGCCUGGGACAGCCCACUUCCAUUAUGUGUUGCUGAAUGUGGGGGGACCAUCAAGGACGAGCCCUCCGGUCGAAUCUUGUCUCCGGGCUACCCAGCUCCAUAUGAACACAACCUGAAUUGUGUUUGGACCAUAGAGGCAGCUCCUGGAAGCACCGUUAGUCUACAUUUCCUGGUUUUCCACACGGAGGAAGUCCACGACGUGCUUCGGAUCUGGGAUGGUCCGCAGGAUGGAGGGGUCCUGCUGAGGGAGCUGAGUGGUUCAGCACUGCCCCCAGAUGCUCACAGCACCUUUAAUACUGUCACUCUGCAGUUCACCACCGAUUUCUUCACCAGCAAGCAAGGCUUUGCUCUGCAGUUUUCUGUUUCUACUGCAACCUCCUGCAAUGACCCGGGCAUGCCAACUAAUGGCACCCGCAGCGGCGACAGCAGGGAGCCGGGGGACCAUGUGGUGUUCCAGUGUGAUCCUGGUUACAUCCUACAGGGGGCCAACAGGAUCACCUGCACUGAGAUCAAUGGUCGCUUCUUCUGGCAGCCCGACCCCCCAACAUGCACAGCUCCAUGUGGUGGGAACCUAACAGGUCCGAGUGGGUUGAUUCUGUCCCCAGACUAUCCUGAACCUUACCCACAUGGAAGGGAAUGUGACUGGAGAGUCACCGUCACACAGGACUAUGUCAUCUCUCUCAACUUCAAUCAGUUCAGCUUGGAGCCCAGUUAUGACUUUUUGCAUAUCUAUGACGGGCCAGACUCCCUAAGCCCCUUGUUGGGUAGUUUCUAUGGUGCAGAUGUUCCAGAUCACAUUGAGAGCAGCUCCAACACGCUCUUCUUGGCCUUCCGCAGUGAUGCUUCCCUCAGCAGUAAUGGAUUUGUGCUGCAGUACACAGAAAACCCCAGGGAGUCUUGCUUCGAACCCGGUCUGGUGCGUAACGGCACCCGGGUGGGCAUGGACCUCAAGCUGGGCUCCACCGUCACUUACCACUGCGAUAGUGGCUACACGCUGGAGGGAGACGCAACACUCACUUGCAUCAUGGGGGGAGAUGGCAAGCCGAGCUGGAACAAACCCAAACCCAUCUGCAUUGCGCUGUGUGGUGGGCAGUACUCCGGUUUAGAGGGAGUGGUGUUGUCUCCCGGUUACCCUGGCAACUACAGCAGCUCUCGAACCUGUUUGUACUCUGUGGUUGUGCCGAAGGAUUAUGUGGUCUUCAGCCAAUUCGCUUUCUUCCAAACGGCUUUGAAUGACAUCGUGGAGGUUUAUGAUGGAGCGACACAACAUUCCCGUGUUCUUAGCUCACUGUCAGGAGCGCACACAGGUGAGUCGUUGCCAUUAGCAACCUCCAACCAAAUCCUGAUCCGCUUUACUGCCAAAGGCCAGUCCAGCUCUAGAGGAUUCCAUCUGGUCUACCAGGCUGUGCCACGGACCAGUGCUACCCAGUGCAGUUCAGUCCCAGAGCCCCGAAAUGGCCGCCGCAUGGGCAACAACUUUGGUGUGGGCGCAGUGGUCCGCUUCGAGUGCAGCCCAGGUUACGUGCUGGAGGGAUCGAGUGCCAUCGAGUGUUUAACGGUUCCCAAUGCCCUGGCUCAGUGGAACAGCUCUAUACCCAGCUGUAUAGUACCAUGUGGAGCCAAUCUGACCCACAGAACAGGCACCAUUUUAUCUCCAGGCUUCCCUGAGCCUUACCUGAACAGCCUCAACUGUGUGUGGAAGAUCACUGUUCCAGAGGGAUCAGGAAUCCAGAUCCAGGUGAUCAGCUUUGUCACAGAGCAGAACUGGGACUCGCUGGAGGUCUUCGAUGGAGGCGACAACACUGACACAAUGCUGGGCAGUUUCUCAGGCACGACUGUCCCGGCUCUACUGAACAGCACCUCCAACCAGCUCUACCUACACUUUUUCUCUGAUAUUAGUGUAUCUGCAGCAGGAUUCAGGCUGGAAUACAAAACUGUGCCUUUGACCAAUUGCCCAGAACCUGUCGUUCCUAUGAAUGGUAUCAAAGUUGGGGAGCGUCUACAGAUGAAUAAUGUGGUGUCCUUCCAUUGUGAACCUGGUUAUACUCUACAGGGGAACUCACACACCACCUGUAUGCCUGGAACCGUCAGACGUUGGAACUAUCCACCUCCUCUCUGCAUAGCCCAAUGUGGUGGGAUUCGGGAGGAGAUGGAGGGAAUGGUCCUCAGUCCCGGUUUCCCUGGCAACUACCCUAGCAACAGUGACUGCACCUGGAGAAUUUACCUGCCAGUUGGUUACGGAGCCCACAUACAAUUUCUCAACUUCUCCACUGAGGCCAACCAUGAUUUUCUUGAGAUACGCAACGGGCCCCUGGAUACAAGCACAGUUAUUGGUCGAUUCAGUGGCCAGGACAUCCCAUCCUCCCUUCUCACCACCUCCCACGAAACAUCCGUGUAUUUCCACAGUGACCAUUCGCAGAAUAAACCGGGCUUCAGGUUUGAGUACCAAGCAUACGAGCUGCAGGAAUGUCCAGAUCCAGAGCCUUUUCGUUAUGGGGUGGUGGUGGGUGCAGGCUUCAACGUUGGCCAGUCCAUUUCCUUUGAGUGUCUGCCCGGAUAUCAGCUAAUGGGUCAUUCCAUUCUUACCUGCGAGCAUGGUACCACUCGCAACUGGGACCACCCAUUCCCUCGCUGUGAAGUGCCAUGUGGAGGCAACAUCACAUCAGACAAUGGGACCAUCUUUUCCCCCGGGUACCCAGAGGAGUACCCAAACUCAGCAGACUGCUCCUGGCUGAUUUCAGUGGCCCCUGGCUUUGGCAUAAAAUUAAAUUUCACCCUGCUUCAGGUUCAUGGCCCACAUGACUUCAUCACAGUCUGGGAUGGUCCACAGGAGACAGCCAGGAAACUGGGUGUGUUCACAGACGGAGAGCCCAAUGACCCACCUAGUAGCACAUCCAAUCAAGUGCUGAUACGGUUCCGUAGUAACACAGAAAAGGGUGGGCUCUUCAGUAUUGGUUUUCAAGCUUACAGACUACAGCACUGCUUGCCUCCCCCUAUUAUUCCUAAUGCAGAGAUCCUGAUGGCAAGCAAAGAAUUUAAAAUUGGUGACAUCGUGCGUUACAGAUGUCUUCCAGGCUACCAAUUGAGUGGAAACAGCAUCCUGACCUGUCGAUUGGGGACACACUUGGAGUUUGAGGGGCCUCCACCUUCAUGUGAUGUGACUUGUCCCAUGAACGAGGUGCUGACAGCUUCCACGGGCGUCAUCAUGAGCCAGUCACCAGGCAGUGGCUUCCCCCAUUUCGAGUCUUGCUCCUGGGUGGUCAAAGUAGAGCCUAGCUACAACAUCACUUUCACUAUUGAACACUUCCAGACGAGCCGUCAGUUUGAUGAGCUGGAAAUCUUUGAUGGUCCAUCCAGACAGAGCCCCCUCCUUAUUACUCUCAGCGGAAACUAUUCCAGUCCACUGAGCAUCACCAGCUCCAGCAACAAAGUAUAUCUGCACUGGUCCUUUGAUCACACAACCAGCCACAAAGGCUUUCGCAUACGAUACUCAGCGGCCUACUGCAGCCCUCCAAAUAACCCUGUCAAUGGGACAGUGCACAGUCUGACGGGCACUAAGUUGGGCAGCACCUUGCGCUUCAGCUGCGAUCAGGGUUUCCGACUGAUUGGCCAGAGCAGCGCCACGUGCACUCGCUCUGCACAAGGGAUAUUUCUGUGGAAUGCACCAGUGCCUCUCUGUCAAGUCAUGACUUGUGGAAUGCCGGUAGCUCCCAUCAAUGGCAGCAUUGUUGGCCAGGACUUCUCUCUUGGAGCCAGGGUGGCCUACCAGUGUAAUGCAGGGUUCCGUCUUGCUGGCCCUAUCACCACAUCAGUUACCUGUCAGGAAUCUGGGAGGUGGAGCUCCAUCGAGGCUCCACCCAGAUGUGUCCCGGUUUCCUGCCCUGACAUUGGCCACUCUGCUGUGGAACAUGGAAGAUGGAGGCUCAUCUAUGGAACUCAAAACCAAUAUGAUGCUAUUAUGAUGCUCAUAUGUGACCCAGGAUAUUACUACAGAGGUCAAAGGAUCAUUCGCUGCCAGGCCAAUGGAACGUGGAACUACCCAGAUCCUCGUCCAGUCUGUGACAUAAUUUCCUGCGGUGACCUUGGGACUCCACCCAAUGGGGACAAAAUUGGGACAUUAACUGUAUAUGGAGCCACUGCCAUUUUUUCCUGCAACACAGGGUACACUUUGGUGGGCUCACGAGUCAGGGAGUGUAUGUCCAAUGGGCUUUGGAGUGGAACUCAAGUUCAGUGUCUGGCUGGACAUUGUGGAACCCCAGAACCAAUAGUGAAUGGCCAAAUAAUUGGAGAGAACUAUAACUAUCGAGGCAGUGUUGUGUACCAGUGUAACCCAGGUUUUCGUCUUAUUGGGGUGUCGGUGCGAAUCUGUGAACAGGAUCACCAGUGGUCAGGACGUACCCCUGUCUGUGUUCCCAUCACAUGCGGCCACCCCGGCAACCCUACAUUUGGUAUGACCCAAGGAACCCAGUUCAACCUGAAUGACAUUGUGCGAUUUGUCUGCAAUACCGGGUAUGUUCUGCAAGGGGCCGUUAAGUCUGUGUGCCAGGCCAAUGGGCAGUGGAGCAAUGCCCUACCCAAGUGUAAAAUUGGUAACUGCACAGAGCCAGGUCAUGUAGAGAACAGCAUCAGGCAGGUUUUGUCCAGUGGGCCGCAUCGGUACAGCUUCCAGACCACUGUGUCAUACCGCUGUAACCCAGGUUACUACCUGUUGGGGACCAGCUCCAUCUCCUGCCAAGGGGAUGGCACCUGGGACCGCUCUCUGCCCAAAUGCCUGUUGGUGCUGUGCGAUCGCCCCAGCGUGCCUCCCUAUGCCCAGAUCUCGGGCGAGCGUCGAACGGUGGGCUCAGUCAUUCGCUACAGCUGCAUGGGGCAGCGCACCAUCAUCGGCAACACCACGCGAAUGUGCCAGCUGGACGGGCAGUGGAGCGGCUCGCCACCACACUGCUCUGGAGAAUCAAGAGGAUUGUGUGGAGAUCCGGGUGUCCCUGUGCACGGUAUCCGCCUUGGAGAGGAGUUCACUGUGAGCAGUGUGGUGCGAUUCAGCUGUGAGCCAGGUUAUGUUCUGAAAGGUUCACCAGAGAGAACAUGUCUUGCCAAUGGGACCUGGCUGGGUGUACAACCAGAGUGUCAUGUGAUUUCUUGUGGAAACCCCGGAACUCCACGGAAUGCCCAGAUCCUGAUCCAUGACGGCCUAACUUUUUCCAGAUCCAUCACCUACAGUUGUAGGGAGGGCUACUACUCUACUGGGCUGCUGACCCGACACUGCACUGUAAAUGGGACCUGGACAGGCAGCAUGCCAGAGUGCUCAGUAAUCAACUGUGGAGAUCCUGGAGUGCCAGCAAACGGGGUCAGGUUUGGGAGUGAUUUCACUUACAACCACACAGUCAGUUUCCAGUGCUCUCCUGGGUAUACCAUGGAUGCUGACAGGGCCUCUUCCCUCACAUGCACAAAGGAUCGAACCUGGAACGGCACAAAACCGCUUUGCAGAGCCAUUGUUUGUGGUCCACCACCCUUUAUUCCCAAUGGACAAGUGGUUGGUACAGACUUCACUUGGGGUUCAAGCAUUAGCUACUCGUGUAACCAAGGCUACCAACUGUCCCUGCCUACAGUGUUAACAUGUCAGGGCAACGGCAACUGGAGCGGAGAGAAACCACAGUGUUUCCCUGUAUUCUGUGGAGACCCUGGAAUACCUGCUCAAGGGAGGAGGGAGGACCGUGGUUUCACCUAUCUUUCCUCUAUCUCCUUCACCUGCAACUCUCCACUUGUCUUGGUUGGUUCAGCCAGGCGGUACUGCCAGUAUGAUGGCACUUGGAGCGGCACACCACCCUCCUGCAUAGAUCCCACUCACACUACCUGUGGAGAUCCUGGUAACCCUCUCUUUGGAAACCAGAACAACAGCCAAGGCAGCCAGAUUGGUAGCACCGUGUUCUUCAGCUGCAGAAAAGGUUACUUACUGCAGGGCUCCAUUUCUCGCACAUGUUUGCCCAACCUCACCUGGAGUGGAUUUCAGCCUGAGUGCAUUGCCCACCACUGCAGCCAGCCCGAGCUGCCAGCCCAGACUGACGUGAGAGCCAUUGAACUGCCGUCUCUUGGCUACACACUGAUCUAUACGUGUCAGCCUGGCUUCUACUUGGCUGGAGGAUCAGAACACAGAACCUGCAGGUCUGAUGGGAGCUGGUCAGGGAAACCACCAUCGUGUGCAGCUGAUAACCGCCCGAGUGGAAAGAGUCCAGUGGGAACUGUUCAAGAGCCACCAUCUAAGUUACCUGGUAAGAAAGUCCCUGGUGGUGUGUUUGCUAAGAAUUCACUCUGGAGAGGGUCUUAUGAGUACCUAGGGAAGAAGCAGCCGGCCAUGCUCAGCAUCACUGCCUUUGAACAUUUUAGCAAUCGAGUUAAUGGGACACUCAUCGACCACAGUGGAGUUGAACUUAAACUGUCAGGUACAUAUAAAAGGGAGGAAGCCCAGCUGCUGCUACAGGUCCACCAGAUCAGAGGUCCUGUGGAGAUCUUUGUCAACAAGUUCAAAAUAGACAACUGGGCCCUGGAUGGACAUGUGUCCUACAUUUCUUCAUCCAACUCCUUUGUGUACCAGGGAUUUGUCAGAGGAAAAGGCUUUGGACAAUUUGGUCUCCAGAGAUUGGAGAGUUUAGAUCCAGGCAGAGAAAAUCCAGGCUACAACUUUGCCUCCAACAGCAGUUCAGUGGCAGCUGCCAUCCUAGUGCCUUUUAUAGCAAUGAUCAUCGCAGGCUUCGCUCUCUAUCUCUAUAAACACAGAAGAAGACCCAAAGUUCCCUUCAAUGGUUACGUGGGCCACGAGAACACUAAUGGACGUGCGACGUUCGAGAACCCUAUGUACGACCGUAACAUCCAACCCACGGACAUCAUGGCCAACGAGUCAGAGUUCACCGUUAGCACAGUGUGCACAGCUGUAUAGCAACUGCUUCCUUCAGAGUUAGGGAAUUAAAAAAAGGAUGCACCACAACCUCCGCUGCCUGCCAACAGAGGGGUCUGUAGUUCCUCGAGCAGAUGGCAAGACAAAGAUUAUUUUAUUUGCCAAAAAAUCUUCAAGAACUAUCAACAGUGGCAGACGCCCUUACCUGCGGGGAGAAACGAGACGAGAAACCACGGGAAGGCGACAACUUCCUCAAAGCUUAACAAGUGAAAUGCUUUUCUGUAACUUUACGUGGUUUCUUGUUUAUGUUCCAUAUUCAGAGGAAAAGCUUCCAUCUGAACCUGCAGCCAGCAGGAAAACUGCUGGAGGCAAAGCUGUGAUGACUUUUUCCUCACCACCCUUCACCUAAACCCAAAGGGAAUGCUAUGGUCAACUUUAUGUCAUUAAAUGUAAGUGUGGCUAACCGAGAACUCUGCAAGUUAACCAUGGUGAGGACAACCACAUAUCGAGGUGAAAGAAAGGGAAACAGUCUGAAUGUUUAAAUUCAUCCUCCAUUGUGUUUUCCAUUUUUUAAUUGCAUUUUUUUAUUUCAUAUAUUCUUUUAUAUGCUGUUUGCUUUCUGAAAUGAGUAAUUGGAAAAACAUUUUUCCUCGACCCUCUGCUCCUGAGACUACUGAGAGGUUACAUUGGAGGCCCUACAUUUAAAGAUUCAGUAGGUUUGAAGGCCAUGUUGGACACACAUUCUAUCCUAACUUUAUGAGCUUUUUUUCUUUUUUUCUUUUAAGCAAUGAUGAAAUUUGCCCUUUGACAAAGCUGUGUCCAAAGUGGAGGUUAAAAGGUAGCUGGAGCUGCAAAAUAAUAAACGAAUUGAAAAAAAAAAAAGCACUUAGUGGGGAUGUAGAGAGAGAAAAUAUGCGACUGAGACAUAGUGUAUGUGUGUGUUUAUGUCUAUACACAUUUGUAACUGCAUACGCAGUAAACCACCAAAUAUGGUUUUAAGGUAAUAUGUUCAGAAACCUGGGCUGGGGAGUAUAUAUGUAUAUGUCUUAUCUGAAGCUCUCAAAACCAGUACAUUCAAAUUUCUCACAGAAAAUGACUGAUAGUUUAUAGAUCCAUUCAGACAAAAAAAAAGGAAAUUGAUAUAUCACUUUGUAGUAUUGUGUAUUUUGCGUAUACAGAUUCUCUGAAACACUUUCCAUGAACGCAGCUCUUUGGAAUCAUUUUACGUCUCAGACUUUUUGUUUUCAGAACUCUGAGCAAAGCUGUAGCACCCACUCCUAACUCAUUCUCUUAGGAAACUGCAAAUCUGAAAUUUGAGUCUGUACUUUAACCUUUCUGUUUAAAAACAAAUCCGCUUUCAAACAUUUCCUUCUGAUUGAUGGUGGAACGUAGCUUCUGUUUUUUUUUUCUUCAGUGAUAGCUCUUUGCACCUGGCCCUAGGAAAACAAAGAUCAGAGUGCAGUUAUGUUCCAACUUCGUCAGAUUGUUCCAAUGAAGGUGCCUGAGUUUGAAGAAUAGAUGAGUCAGUGUUCUGCUCCCUCUGGAUUACAUUCAGGUCUUUCCCUUCAAGCUAACUUGUGACAGCUCCAUCCUUUUAAAAAGAGAAUAAUGUUUCUUUGUUUUGUUUUCACUCGUCAUAAAAAUUGUUGCAGCCUGCUUCUUCAGGGCUGUGACAGCAGGGGAGUCACUGGCAUACUGAUUACUGCCACACAUUAAAUUGGAAGUGAUAAAUAUGAUCUGGGGGAAAAAUGUUAUUGUCUUUAACACCAAGACAAUUCAGGAGUGAAGUAGAGAAAAUACUGUUUUGAAAGUGCAAUACCAGGGGGAAUUCCAUUAGAUAAACAGCGGGUAAAAUAAGUAUUGAACACGUCACCAUUUUU